AUGACUAGCUUUGUUGAGGGUGUAGCCACCAUCUGCCUCGUCUGGGCCGUGGUUGUCGUCUUUGUCCAGAUUGUCGGCAUCACCUCCAUAUUCGUCAAAUUCAAUGGACGAAACCCCCCGCCGAUAUCCUCCACCCUCGAAGAUGAUGCCCCCAGCGUCACCAUCAUCCGGCCGGUCAAGGGCCUCGAGCCCUGUCUAUACGAAUGCAUCGCCUCGACCUUUCGCCAGGACUACCGCCGCCAAAAGGUCUCGGUCCGCCUGUGUAUAGAAAGCACCGCCGACCCGGCCUAUCCCGUCCUACAGCAGCUGAUUAAGGACUUUCCCGCCUACGAUGCGCAGAUCCUGGUCGAGGCCGAGGACCCGGUGCUGCACGGCGCCCAAGGUCGCGUCAACCUGUUGGGCCCGAAUCCCAAGAUACGAAACAUUAGCAGGGCAUAUCGCGAGGCGCCCGGGGAGGUCAUCUGGAUCAUUGACUGUAACGUCUGGGUCGCGAGCGGUGUCUUGGGGCGCAUGGUCGAUACACUGAUGGGUUAUGUCUCGGCCGAUAUGCCCGCGCGAAAGCCGUAUAAAUUCGUACACCAGCUACCCCUAGUUGUCGAUAUCGUCGAUUAUCAAAAAGAUGCUUCUGCCGAGAGUCAGGCGUUCCUUGGAUCAGCUGCCGACACCUCCAAGCACAGUAACGAGUCUCUAUGGAACCGAUUAUGGAAGAACGGCGGCGGUCGUCUAGACGAAAUGUUCAUGGGCACCUCUCACGUCAAAUUCUACGGCGCCAUCAACGUCGUCGGAGUGGCCCCUUGCAUCGUCGGCAAAAGCAACAUGUUUCGCAAAGCUCACCUAGACCAAGUCACCGAUCCCGCCCGUAAUCCCAUCCUUCCAGCCAACGAAGGGCGUCCCCGCGGCGUCGACUACUUCUCCCACAACAUCUGCGAGGACCAUCUUAUCGGGGAUCUUCUCUGGCGCUCCAACAUUCCCGGCUUCUUGAAUCACGGCAUCGCUUGGGGCGACUUGGUGCUGCAGCCAAUGGCAGGCAUGUCUGUGUCCGCCUACGCUGCUCGAAGAGUCCGUUGGUUGCGCGCCAGGAAAUUCACCGUCUUGGCGGCUACUCUGGUCGAACCUGGUGUUGAAUCAUUCCUGUGCUGCGCGUACUUUGCUUUUGGCCUAACUACGCUGCCCUGGUUCCAUGAGACCUUUGAUAUUCCGCAGACUUGGGCAGCCUUUGGGUGGAUCUGGCUCAUGGCUAUUCUGGCCUGGAUGACGGUGGACUGGCACACGUUCAAACACCUUCACACAGGCUGCACCAUCGAAUCCGACCAAAACACGCCGAAAUUCGCGUUUGGAUCAGCCAGUCCUCUAGGCCUGCCAAAACGCCGAUUCCUAGAAUGGCUGCCGGCCUGGAUCGGGAGAGAAGCGCUUGCCCUGCCUGUCUGGACUCGGGCCGUCCUGCUCGGCACGACGGACACCGUCGAGAUUGACGAGGACGCCGGAACUGGAGAGAGCUAG